CUGAGGCGGCGGGCGAGCGCGUGCGGCCCCGACUCGCUCGCAGACUCGAGUACUCAUCCCGACCAGUUUAGUCAAGCUGCGUCUUCGUUUCGCCGCUGUUGCUCUUCUUAUACCCGCCUGGUCGACGCCAAUUCUCUGGUAGGGGGGACAAAAAUGCCAUAUAUCAACAAUGGCGUCUACUGCACCUUUGGGAGAGGCUACACGAAUUCUGCCCUAAAGCGAGAGGGAAGUUGCUUUACCCUCGACAACCAGCCCAUCAGGAUAGCGUCGGGAGCCUUGCACUAUUUCAGAAUCCAUCCCGACCAGUGGCCCGACCGCUUGGCUAAGCUUCGCGCUGCCGGACUCAACUGUGUCGAAACAUACGUUCCCUGGAAUCUACACGAACCCCGAAAAGGUCGUUUUGACUUCGGAGACACGGAGGACCCCAUGUCUCCUUUUCUAGACCUGCCGGCAUUCCUGAGGGAGGCCCGGGAGCAGGACCUGUUGGCUAUCGUACGGCCCGGACCCUACAUCUGUGCCGAGUGGGACUUCGGGGGACUGCCCAGCUGGUUGCUCCGGACGCCCCACCUGCAGGUCCGCACCAGCCAGCCGGAGUUCCUCGCCGCCGCCUCUCGCUUCCUGAAGGAGACGCUGGAGAAGGUCCAGGACAUGACCUUUUGCCGCAGAGGCCCCGUCGUCGCCCUGCAGGUGGAGAACGAAUAUGGCUCCUUCGGAUACAGCGACCUUCCGCGGGACAGCAAAUACCUGAACUCGAUUUAUCAGGUCAUGACCUCAGUCAUACCCUCCAGCGAGGUCCUGUACUUCACUUCCGAUACUCCUACGUACAGGAGUGACCUCGGAGCUAUCAAAGGAGUGCUCCAGACGGCGAAUGCGCAGACGUCGGUGCAGGAGGAGUUCAGAGAGCUGGAUCGCCUGCAGCCCGACAGCCCGCUGAUGGCGACGGAAUUCUGGUCCGGCUGGUUCGACCACUGGAUGGAACCACACAGGAACCGUUGGCCCGAAAAAGAGUUCUCGCGCGCGCUCGAGGAAAUCCUGAAGAGCAGAGCGUCUUUCAACUUGUACAUGUUCUGCGGCGGCACCAACUUCGGCUUCCUCGCGGGCGCCAACGUGCAGGGGGAGUGGCCCUUCUACGCCCCGGAUGUCACCAGUUACGAUUAUGACUGUCUCCUGACGGAAAACGGAGACUAUACACCAAAGUACAUGAUCACAAAACAGUUGAUCAGCCAAUAUCAGAUUCAUGGGUACAUGAGUACUCCUGAUCUGCCUGAAACGUCUCCAAGAGUCGCAUAUGACGACAUAGUGUUGAAUAAAAUCCUAAAUCUCAACGAACUUAUAGGACAGAUACCACACGUGAAGAGCCCAAAUGUAAUGCCUAUGGAAGACCUCCCUAUCAAUGACGGCAACGGGCAGUCCUACGGAUACACGCUGUACCGCACACGCAUCACUGUACCCAAAGGAGGAGCCACAAUAACCAUCAGCGGACACGUGAGGGACCUUGCUCUUCUUCUCGUCGAUCUGAGACUUGUGUCACCUUGCAUCAACGAGCCACGAGAUCUGGACGGUUUUGGUACAUGGGUGAAAAGAAACUCUACCUUUGAGCUCUCGAGUGAGUACAGUGGCACACAUACACUAGACAUUUUAGUGGAAAACAUGGGUCGUGUCAACUUUGGCAAGCCUCAUGACUUCACCAUGAAAAAGGGACUUAGCGAGGGCCCAGUGUUACUCGACAAUGAAGAACUCCAGGACUGGCUCAUCUACCCGAUAGAAUUCAAGAGUGGAGACAUAGACAGAUUGUUGGGUUGGAGGUCCUACGCAGAUGAAGAAGUGGUAGGACCAGCGUUGCUUCAGGGGGACUUUGAGAUUCAAGAUGAGCCUGAGGACACCUUCUUGGACGCCUGCGGGUGGGGAAAGGGCGCUGUGUUUGUCAACGGCUUCAAUCUGGGCAGGUUCUGGACAGCUGGCCCACAGAGAACCCUGUAUGUCCCUCGCCCUCUUCUUGUGAAAGGUGUCAAUAAGGUAACAGUGUGGUCGCAGUACGGAGGCCAGGGAGUGAUCAAAUCCAAGGACAGCCAUGACCUGGGAGCCGAGAACCCCACAGGUGUAACCCCGGGCAGUGGAGGUCCUCUCAUCAACAUUUGCAAACCUAAUAAAUAGCGAUUCUCAAGUAGCCUUGCGUACAUCUUUUCUAAACUUGCACAUUAGAGCAGAUGUAGGUGAAUAUUUGAAUAUUGUCAGUGAAUUCCAUCCAUUAAGUUUCUGUUGUCAGAGUUGCUUUACAUUCCUCCUUUGUUAUAACUAUUAAAAUAUAGUUAUACAUGUCUCUGUGAAGUAAAAUGGAUAACUUGCAGAAACGAAGCCAUGCUAGUGAAAAUUUUGUAUCAAAUGAUUACAAUGAACACUUUGAUGAGGAUAAGAUGUUGUGAUUAGUUAUUAACUUAAUUAACCAAUGCCAGAGAUAUCUAUCGGGCAGGAAAGGAACGAUCCCUGAGGCUGUUAAACAAACUUCUUGAGGGUUUGAAAAUGUUCCAAGCAGAUAUCACUUAAAGAAGUUUCUAAGUCCACAUGCUAGCGUAAUCCCGUAAUGCUGUAUAUAAAUAGGAUAUAGCAUACCAGGAUUUUUGUGGACUUUAACGAGGCUAACAGCAUACCGGUUGUUGUUGUUGGUUGUUGCAGUAACGAGGCUGUCUAGUGUCAGCAGAGUACUGUUUGUGUGUUCUGUGGUCAGUUUUGGUUUCUACUAUUUGCAAUAGGUUUUAUGAUAAAUAUUUAGAAAUAGGAAUUCUUAUUUCCAAAUAGGAAUUGUAAAUAAGAAAGAGAAGCCUAUUUAGAUAAUCAAAAAUACAUGUAAAUGGUAAAAAAGACAGAAGUUACAUCAAAUAAUAAAAACUUACAUAAAAUUUACAUCAGAGAUUAAUGAUGAAAAAAAAAACAUUGUAUAAGAAAGACGUUACAUCAGACAAUCCCUAAG